AUGCUCCGUCAAACCAUCAUUGUCAAUGAGGGCGACUCUCCGUUGGCAUACAAGUCCAGGGAAGUCACUAAUCCAGUGAUGCAGUAUGUCAGUUUUUUUGACAACAACUUUGAGUGGAAGCAAAAGGUUGAAGUUUGGAAUGGUGCAAGUGGAAAGAAUGUUGAACCACUCUUUAGGUCCAUUCAAUCCUUUUGCAACAUCUCUUCAGAGUGGGGACUCAAUCAGAGUCGUCAAAAGAAGGCCUUGUUCAAGCAAUUCCUCACUGCUGAACCGCACAUGACCUAUCAUAGGAUUUCUGAUGCUCAUGGGAACUCAGUUCAGGACUUUGAAGACUCUGCCAAUGAAUUCAUUUGCAACUACACUUGUGAAAAUCCUAAGUAUCAGGUGAACAUGUAUCUCUUUGAUACUUCCAAUUACAUUCGCAAAUUGUGUAAUACAGAAAUUGGAAUUCAUGCAAAUCGCUUAAAAACCCUAUUUGUGUAUCACAAUAUGCUUCCUGGAAAUUGUUCCAACGUGAACAAUGAGAACAAUCCAGGUCAAAUUUGGAAGAGAAAGCUGGCACUGUCUCGCUCCUUUACAAUUGAUUGGCAGGGAGAUUUUAUCAAUUCACAGAAUGAUCCGGCGAACAACAAUAUUGUGGAAGAGGCCUUCACCAAAAUCGUUUUGGUGGUGGUCGUGGUCAUGUUCGUCCAAGCAAUUCUGGCUAUCAACCAUCCCCAAGACCCCCGAACUCUCCAAGAUGUUCUCAAGGGAAUUCACAAGGGUUUUCAACGUGGAGGCAGUUCCCAGCAACAGAAACAAGGACGAUUUCAGCCAAGAAACCCUAACAAUGGUGGCAGAGGCCGUGGAUUCAAUGGCCAGCACAGUGGACACUCCCAAACUGGCCGCUUUCAGCUAGGACAAAACUAUCAAGGCAGAGGCCAAUCACAGCAACAAAACAAUCAAAACUACAAUGCUGAGUCGCACUACAAUCAAGAAGCUGAAAGCUUUGCUGCGGAAGGCAGCGUUCCUGAAUGGAACCAAGACAGAAUGUCUUGUGGUGGAAUGCCAAGUGCGGAGCAGUACCAGAAUCAGGAACACUAUUAUCAAGCUGAAGAAAAUCAGCAAUGGAAUGAUCAAUUCAACUUUGAAGAGGAAGAAUAUUAUCCUGAAGAACAGGAGGCGGAGGAACAUUUUUCCUAUGAUGAAGAUUUGCCAUUUUCCUUUCAUGAAGAGCAUUACUGA